AUGUUCACCAACAAGAGCUUCAGCAACGUCGGGCGCAAGACUGCGCAGAGCAUUGACACGCUGAAGAAGAGACUUGGAGUCGACGCGGAAGCUACCACCAAGCCCACAGUGGCCACGAGAGCACUCUCCAGCUCUGUGCUGGAUUCUUCGCUCCCGACAGGUUCGACCACUUCGACGCAAGACCUCGUGCAAAGGUUCUCGCGAAGAAAGGUCAAGUCUGAGACGAAGCAGGGCAAGGUGGAAGACUUCGCCGAGGCAGUGCCGCCCAGCCCAAGCCAUGUCAGACAGGUGGCUCCUUUGCGGUACACGAGUGCCUUCCGCUCGCUUGGCCGGGAGGAGCUGGACAAACGCAUGAAAAGUGAUGAAGUGCCUCCUGUCGGCAGCUACUCGCCGAAGGACGAUUGCACCGCAGCUCUCAGCCGGGUCAAACAUCCACCCCCUCACGGCUGCAGCUUCGCAUCUCGCGAGAUCACGCGCAGCCGCAGAGUUGUUCUGGCAGAGCAGCUUCGUGCCCAAGGUCAACCCUAUGAGCAUCUGCUGGACAACCCUGGACGCGAGCUUCCAGAAGGUUUGCCAGAAAAUCCCCUGGCCCGAAAGAAACAGAUCGUUUUUGUAAACAUGUCCAAGCAGCUUCCACGACCAGACCUUAUGGAAUCUGCGAACAUCGUUUACCAUGCAGCCAUGUUACCCAAUGUCCCUGCUACCGCGGUCCGAGAAGACACAGGAUCUCCUCGAAUAGCGAUGCCCCGUGAAUUCCGAUGGUUCAAUUUGACGUGUCCUGCGGAGACGCUCAGCCGCGCAGACUUGCGAGAGGAGAACUCCUUCUCCCGCUCAGGGCUUGCAACUCAUGCCUUCAGUCGCCUCGAGCCGCGCGAGCCAGGUCCAAGUGCAAAGGUCCUACAGCCUGUUUACUUCAAGUUCCGCGAGCACCACGGCCACUCGACAAGCAAUGGAGCAGAUGGGGCCGGGGUGGGGAGUGUGGUGAGGGACUCAGAGAAACAGCACAAUCAGUUCAAGCCGUUUGGCAUGCAGCAGUGCUGCAUACUUUUUCCCCACGCAGGUACGGUUCGGGGUUCUCUCCUCAGAAAAAAAGGGGGGCCGCGGCGGCUGGAUGGGUGGGCCGCGGCGACGGGGUGGGCUCCCACUUCAUCAAUGGGCUCCCUUCAUGUUUCCUGUGUGCGCUCCUGGGUCGGAUGGGUGGGCCGCGGCGACGGGUGGGCUCCCAUUGGGCGCCCUUCAUCAAUGGGCCCCCUUCAUGUUUCUUUUGGGGCUCCCUUCGUGUUUCCUUUCUGGGCUCCUGUGUCGCGACGGGGCUGGGCUCCCAAUUGGGCUCCCUUCAUCAGUGGACUCCCUUCAUGUUUCCUUUUUGGGCUCCCUUCAUGUUUCCUUUCCGGGCUUCUGGGUCGCGACGGGGCUGAGCUCCCAUUGGGCUCCCUUGAUCAAUGGCUCCCUCCAUGUUUUUUUUUGGGCUCCCUUCAUGUUUCCUUUCUGGGCUGCUGGGUCGGAUGGAUAGGCAGGCCGCGGCGACGGGUGGAGCUCCCAUUGGGCUCCCUUCAUCAAUGGGCUCCCUUCAUGUUUCCUUUUUGGGCUCUCUUCAUGUUUCCUGGGCUCCCUUCAUGUUUCCUUUUUGGGGCCUCCCUCCAUGUUUCCUUUCUGGGCUCCUGGGUGGAUGGGUGGGCCGCGGCGACGGGGUGGGCCCAUUGGGCUCAGGGAGCAAAGGCAAUUUUGGACACGGCGUUCUUUCUUUCCAAAAAAGAACGCUCCCUUGUCGUGCGGAUGUCAUCACCACCCAUUUUUCUUUUGCACAAAAUUUUUGUCUAG